AUGUCAAGAGGUGUUAGCAGGUUUCAUAGUUCACGUUCUCCUGUUAGGAGUGUGUCUAGAUGGUCAUCUUUUAGUCAGAAUCCCAAACGUGGGAAAUUAGAAAUGGACAUGGAUUUUGCUGCACCUGACUGGAAAUCCUCAGAACUUCCGAAGUUUGAAAAGAAAUUUUACCAAGAACACCCGUUGUCAGCCUCUAGAUCUGAGGCAGAAGUAGAGGCAUUCCGUAAAAAGUAUAAGAUGUCACUUUCUGGGAGGGAUGUCCCUCGUCCUGUACUAUCGUUCAAUGAAUUGAAUGUUCCUGACUACAUACUUAGUGUAAUUGCCAAGAAUGGAUGGCAGCUCCCAACUCCAAUCCAGUCUCAAGGUUGGCCUAUGGCACUUUCUGGUCGUGAUGUGGUUGGGAUCGCCCAAACGGGCUCAGGAAAAACAGCGUCAUUUCUGCUCCCAGCUGUCAUCCAUAUUAUGGCACAACCGCGAUUGCUGCGCAAUGAAGGUCCAAUAUGUUUAAUUCUUGUACCCACUCGGGAACUUGCACAACAAGUUCUUACUGUGGCAAAAGAAUUUGCGGAAGCUGCCAGCUUACGUGCGAUGUGUUUUUAUGGUGGCUCUGCAAAAGGCACUCAGCUUCGUGAAAUGCAAAAAGGUGGUGAAAUAUGUAUCGCAACUCCUGGUCGGCUCAUCGAUUUUAUUCGGGUUCAGAGAAACCUCUUGUCUAGAGUAACUUACUUAGUACUGGACGAGGCAGACAGGAUGUUGGAUAUGGGCUUUGAGCCUCAGAUUCGUAAGAUUAUAGGCCACACACGUCCUGAUCGCCAAACCCUCAUGUGGUCUGCAACAUGGCCAAGAGAGGUGCAAACGCUAGCCAGAGAAUUCCUCACUGAUUAUAUCCAAGUAAAUAUUGGGUCAGUAUCGCUUCACGCCAACCCAAACAUCACUCAAAUAGUUGAAAUAAUGGAUGAUUGGAGUAAAGAACAACGUCUGAUUGAACUUUUGACGAGUUUUGGACGAGCACGUACACUAGUAUUCGUUGAGACGAAAAGGCGGACGGAUCAGCUCACAAAUUCACUUAGGCGUCGUGGAUUUUAUGUAGAAGCGAUGCACGGCGGAAAGCAGCAAAGAGAUAGAGAGCUCACUCUUGCAAACUUUAAAAGCGGAAGGAUGAAUAUAUUGGUAGCCACAGAUGUUGCUUCCCGUGGUCUUGAUAUUGACAAUAUAGAGUACGUGGUGAACUUUGAUUUUCCGAACCAGACUGAAGAUUACAUUCAUCGCAUAGGACGAACUGCGCGUAGUGAUAAAACGGGAACCGCAUUCACUUUUUUCACACACAAGAACGUAAGACAAGCUCGUGAUUUGAUUGACAUACUGGACGAAGCCAAUCAAGAGAUAAGCGCAGAGCUCAUCCAGCUGGCUGGGAUGUCCAAUUACCUCCGAAAGUCUAACGCGCUCAAAAAAAAUCCAUCAGCCUUCCAACAAAAGCCACCUGGUCGUAUCACUGGCUUUGGGAAUUCAUCUUCAAGCUUCCCAACACAAGAUAUUAGAACCGUCAACUCUGGAAUUUCAUAUCAAAAUGGUUCGUCUGCUAUGAAUAAAGUUAAUUCAGCUGCCGGAAAUUCUCACUUGCCAACUGGCCAGUUUCUCACAACGUUCAAAUCUGCUACUAGCGACCAGCCCAUUAGUGGUCGCAAACCCACUUUUAGUAGUCAGACAACUACUUAUGAAGGAUUACCACAACCUAUUCCUGUAAAUGACACUCAGAUUAAAGCUAGCUUUCCGAAGACUAAUGUGCCUAGCUGUGUAAAUCUCUCAGUAAAUGAGACAGGGAAAUGGGAUAGGCAUGUCAGCGCAGAGAAAGUUAGUUCUAUAUUAACUGCACCGAUUCCUGUCAUUCAAAAUUCAAAUACAGUAACUGAAGCAAGUGAUCAACAGUGGUCCACUAACCAAUGGGGGACCGACAAAAAUCAGGUCCAUACUCAUUGGAAUCCAUCAGUUCCUGACAUUUUGUCAGCCAGUGGUUCGUUUGCUCAGCGUUCUGCUGGUCAAAAUCCUAAACGGCCGACGCUCAUGGAUCCAUCUGCAUCUCAUAUCAGUUUAGUAAAUCCCAGCAAUGAUAUAUCUCUACCAGGUAUUAGACCUCGAGGUACCAUGAAUCAAUUGAAUGGGCCUUCGACAAAUGUUGCCCAAUAUGUACAGCCAUGGUCAGGUUUUGUUUCAAAUCCCUAUUCAUAUGCUGUGCCACUCCCUACUGCUACUGACAUACCAGCCACACCUAAUUGGGGUUCUGGAUGGGCUCCAAGCUUUCACGGAGGUUAUUAAAUAACAAUGUUUACCAUUUCCUUAUGUUUCCAAAUUUAUCAAGCUAAAAAUCUUUCUUAAGAGGCUGUCGACUUUCUUAUUCGGCAACCUCUAACAAUAUUGUUUUCUUUUCCGCAUUCGUACUAAAGCAGUACGAAUAAAAAUGUAGCUUUCAUUGAAGCCAAGAAAGCGUUAUCAGUAAUUUUACAGUUUUGAUUUUUUUUAGUAAUUAGUGUGCAAUAUAUUAACUGGUUUAGAUAAUAUGAACCUAUGGAGUCUGGCAAAAUCCUACUUUUAUUUUAGCAUCCGUGUAAGUUACUUUCACGGUAUCGAAUAUUUUCGUUAAAGUGGCCACCAAUUGACGAGUACUGUUUUACUUGCCUAAGUACCUCAGAUUAUAUCCGAUUUCGUAAUGACAUUCAGAUUAAACCCACGUUUCAUCAAUUCAGAAAAGACAUCGUCUAAGGUUAAAUGGAACAUGAAUAAUGAUUUAUGUACGCUACUGAAAUCUUUGUUCUCUAGUCAAACUAGUACAUUGUAAUCAAUCGCCUGUGAUCCGGCUAUAUACUGCUUUUAGUUUGGUAAUUUAUAAAAGGUUUCUCGCAUGUAUCAACCUAGGGUCAUUUUCACUUCAUGUUGCUUCUAUUUUGGUAAAUCCGAGAACUUAUAUCGCUCAAUAUAAUUUUCUCAAAUCUCAAGCCUCUGUUCAUUAUGUUGCUUCUAAUUUAGUACCCAUUAAGGUUUCACUGAUCCAUCUUAUUCUUGACUCUAAUUGUUAGAAGCAUUAGCAAAAUUAUAUGACUUUUGGUUUGUGAUACUGUUUGUCUUGGUACCUGAGUUAUUAACCGCUAAUUAGUCGAAACAGUUUAUUUUGAGAUUUGAAUGUUCAGAUUAGACUUCAGUGUUCCAUGGAUUUAAGUUAAUGGAGUAUCAUAUUCGUUCUAUGAACCCAGUGUUACAUUAUUUCUGAGUAUCCAUUAGAGCAUACUCUAUAGUUGAAUUAUGAAUAUGGUUACUGUAGCACGUGUUCAGUCUUUGUUUGGGAUCAUUCAUACAAACAAGAAUCAGAUUUCGUCGAGAUACAUAGUGUAGAAGGCGGCGAAUAAGAAGUUAGUUUCCAGUUUUUGUGAUUUUUUCGCUGGUUUGCCGUUGAUUAAAGUGUCUUCGUUCACUGACUUUUCUCAUUGUUUACGGCAUAGAACAGAUUACUUUUUAUCUAUUCUAUGUUCGUAAUAUUGAUAAUUUGAUCUGAAUGUGUAUGUCAGAUAGUGUCACAUUCAGUGAAGAAACCACAAGUCUUUCCUGCGUAUGUUCUUGAAAAAGUAAGAUUUGUAGUAGCCAGUUAGUAUUUGCCACUCCUUACCAAGUUCGUGAUUACACAAGGCUAACAAAACAGCAAUUGUGCAAAUUUGAUUUAAAUGUCAUCGUAAGAAUUAGUUCAUUUUAGUGUUUUAUUGUGGUCUAGUGAAUGUUUAUUUAGAUUAAAGCUUUAAAACAUUUACUCAUCCUAUAAAGGUAUCCUAAUAAAGUGGUCAAGUGUCUAUGGAAAGGUAGGUAUUGAAAUGAAUUAUCUUUUAAUUUAAUUUAAUGAAUUAUCAUUUAAUUUUGAAGUCGUUAAUAUCAAACCUACACAUUUUGUGGGAGUGUGGACCCAGCUUCCUUUCACUUCUUAGCAGUCGGUAGUUUUACAAAUUAAUGCCAUGUCUCAAUCUGAUCAUCAUACAAACUAGGAGAGCACACUAGACGUGGUGACAUAUCUGAGUCACUUUAGUCACCAAAGGUUUAUAAAUUCACUCACUGAUUUAUGUGCUUCGUACUAUACUAUUCGACGGACACUAAGUAAUUUAAACAUACUGUUUCUCAAAUACUAUCGAGUUUCUAUAAUCUGCUCAUGACUCAUUCGUAAAGCAGAGUAAGGGAGAGUUAUCCUUACAAGGAUAUUUCCGAACAAUCUGAGUUCGCAAACGUUCUAAUCAACUUGGUGGCAGUAUUGAAGUUUUAUAGAACUAUUUGAAUGUGGUAAAAUACUUUAGUUGUUUGGCUAUGAUUCGCGAUGAUUACAUUUGUAUUUUAAAAUUCCGAUUACAUGUAAAAAUCACGAAAUAUUGCUUUACUCGACAUUAUUUAACCCCUCAGUACUGUGAGAAUGUCACUGUAAAAGAUGUGUCAAAGUAAUGUUUUGCUCCUGAUGUGUGUGGGAGUGUGAGUUCGUCCUCAGGCCUCAUUAGUCAAUAGUAAUUUAGUUUGUAAAGUGCUCUGAAUUUUGAUUUUCCAAUUGUUCAUGCUAGUAUCUAAGGUUCUCAAGCAACAUAGUUCAAUAGUGGUAUAGAAAUAAACAAAUAAAACCUACCGGUUGCGUGUUUUAGACCAAAACGAGUGUUGAUUUUCAUGAGUGGUUCGUUGAUUUGUAACUAACUUCUACACUAGGAGUGACUACCGUUGGAAUGGUUCAGUAAAUGGUCUCUAUCUUUACAGUCUACGAUGGAUGUCAACAGUUAUUCCAGGCAUGUUUUUAGUCCAAGUAUUGUGUAAGAGGUCAGCAAUUAAAUCUUGGAGAAUCGCUAUAUUACGAAUAAAGUGUUUAAAAGAGCGUUCUCAAUUUUUUCAAGCUGUUUUGGUUUUCAUCGGGAAAGGGGUUGAGUUUAAGAUUGUUGUGUAAGUAAAGUUAGUGUCCUUGGUGAUUUGUUACCAGUCUUUGAGGUUGGUAACUUCAGACCUUCAACAGCACUCAAGGUGGAGUUUGAUAAAAAUCGUCAAGAGCACAUUUAAAAUUAGCGUCGCUCAUGGAUUCCCUGAUAUUCAGUAAAAACAUGUAUAAAAACUAUCAAUCUGAAGAUUUGAAGUUUAAAAGUUCCUAGUGAGGGACAGUCGUUCUCAAUGACUACGUCCAGGGUGUGUCAUUCGUAAAUUUGACAGGUCAAGAAGAUAAACUGUAAGGCUUCGAUUUAAGAUCAUGC